AUGGGGUGUGCAGGUGGGACAGGUGAGACGGCAGGCAGCAGGUAUAAAGGUGAGACAGGUGGGACAGGUGAGACAGGUGAGACGGCAGGUAUAAAGGUGAGACAGGGAGGUGGAGACAACCACAAACCGGAGCAGGAUGGAGAGGUCAGUGUUUCUGGUUCUUCUGUGCUCCAGCCUCGGGUCGCUGAACAACUCCACGGGCGUGGCUUCGUGCAUCUCCUGCUCAGCCUCCAUGAGUUCUUCAGAGACCCCGAACACCGCCGGCCCAUCUGGACCUGCUCAGCCUGUAGAGAUCCCACCACAGCACAACCAAACAGACACCUCCAGCCCCAACAGCACCGUGAGCUCUGCUCCUCCCAUCACCCCCUCCUCCUCCUGGGCCACCGCCACCUCUCAGAUGGACGUUGUGACGUCAGGAGAGACAUCUCCCAGCUCCUCGGCCAGUACCGGCACCGGGAGCAGCACGACCGUGCAGACCACCAGAGCGUCAGCUGGAGGCUCCAUCUGCGAGUCUGCAGGCUGCAGCUCCGUGCUUCUGUGGGCUGUCAGUGUCCUGAUCCACAGCUCAGAGCGCUGAACGUCACCCAACAGCUGUCUGUGAACCCACCAGUGACUCACUUCACUGCAGAGAAGAUUCACUCACACGUCCUCACACGGCUGUCUCCCACGCUAACGAUCUCACCCUGACACCAGCGGUUGUCUCGUUUCUAAUAAAGUGUCUAACUCAGC